GUAAAACACUGGACUGAAGAACAUUGCCUAAUGGCCACUAGAAGAGAGUGUAGCUAGGAUGAAAAUCGAAGAGCAUAUCUUCAUGAUGUGCUAAAAACUGCAAGGGAAGUAUAAGCUAGACCGUAAACACUUUUCCGCAAAGGUUUCAGAUUCUAUCAAUAGUUCUGUAUCAACCAUUAUACAACGAGUGAACUCUUAACCAGUGAUAAACAUAUCGGUCACGUGAUAUUCAAAAUGGCGAACGUUCCGAAUCAGUCAACGUUGGCAUUUUUUGAGGUUUUAGGGAUUUUCCUUGGACUGUCGGGCUGUUUACUAUUGAAAGUCACACACGUUCAGAAUGGACCAUAUAUGGACGAAAUUUUUCAUAUUGGACAAGUCACAAAAUACUGCAAGGGUUUGUUUGAAGAGUGGGAUCCAAAAAUCACAACAUUACCAGGAUUAUACCUGCUUUCAUCAUCCCUUAUGCAGUCACUUUCCUGGUUCUUUGGAUAUCGCGUAGCAGACCUAUGCACUGUCUUCUGGUUAAGAGGAAUCAAUGUUAUCCUGGCUACUGGCAAUUUCUGUUUGUUAUUUGCCUUGCUGAGAAAACUUCAUGGAGGAAACAAGGGGCUAUCAUCCACAUGGUACCUCUUAAACACAGCUACCCUAGCAACAUUUCCUGUACUCUACUUCUGCACAUUUCUCUAUUACACUGACACUGGUUCAACAUUCUUCACACUAGCGAUGUAUCUCAUGCAUCUCCAUGGAAACAGCAAGAUGGCCGCUGGUGUAGGAAUAGCUGCAAUUUUAUUUCGACAGACAAAUAUUAUAUGGGUGAUAUUUGUUGCAGGACUCACUGUAGAGAAGGUCAUCAAUGAUUAUAUUCAACCUGAGAAGAAAGAAAUCACUCAGGAGGACAUUCAGAACCCAAAAUACAUUGGGAUAAUCCUCCUACGAAUCAAAAAUGAUCUUCAAAACAAUAGAACAGGAAUAACACAACUCAUAAUGAAUCUCAUCAAAGCAGUGUGGAUGUACAUCAUUGUUGGAUUGGGAUUCACAACAUUUGUCAUCAUCAAUAAUGGAAUUGUUGUUGGUGAUCGCAACAAUCACGAGGCGUGCUUACACUUUCCUCAAAUAUUCUACUUUUGUUGUGUGGUGGUAGGAUUUUCCAUUCCACAUUUUCUCAAUGCACAAACAAUAUUAGGAUUUUUGAAAUUUGUUUUGAAGCAUCCAUUUGUGACGAUUUUAGGAAGUGGUUUAUGCUUUUUAGGAGUUCAUUUUUUCACAUAUGAACACAAGUUUCUACUGGCAGACAAUAGGCAUUAUACAUUUUAUAUAUGGGCAAGAAUCUUUAGAAGACAUUGGCUGAUACCGUAUAUGUUGAUCCCAGGCUAUGUAUUUGCCAUAUGGACUGUUAGCUCAUUUUUGAAAUGCAAAGGUAUUUUAUGGAAACUAGUUUUCCUAGUAUGUCUUGUUACUGCUACUGUACCUCAAAAGCUGCUCGAAUUUAGAUACUUUAUUAUCCCAUAUUUGAUCUUUAGACUGAACAUGAAGCCUUCCUCUUCCUUCCAAACCUUUUUGGAGUUUUUGUUGUAUUUUGUUGUGAAUGCAUUGACUUUAUACAUGUUUCUACAAAAGCCAUUUAGUUGGCCAAACACAGACGGAGUCCAGAGAUUUAUGUGGUGAUGUUGCAUACAUUAAUGGAUAGUGUAAUUAAUAGACCACUAUGAUGAAAAUACACCCGUUGUAUUUAGGGAUACUGUUGUUAUGCAUUUACAAGAAAAUAUUUUCUCACCAAAAUAUUUAUCACUUUUAAAUUGUUUCCUCAUCUUUGACAUUUUUGAGCAUAUUUUUCAAAAUAUACAGUAAUCCU